UGAAGAUAACCUGAGAUCCCUCUCAUUUAUAAUUAUGUUGAACUUUUCUCCAUUAUAACAGAUACAACCAAGAAAGGAGGCAAGAAGAAGGGUGGUUCCAUGCAGACUGUGUCCUCCCAGUUCAGGGAGAACUUACAUAAGCUGAUGACCAACUUGAGGAGCACUCAUCCUCACUUUGUCCGCUGCCUGAUCCCCAACGAGUCAAAGACUCCAGGUCUGAUGGAGAACUUCCUGGUUAUCCACCAGCUCAGUUGUAAUGGUGUUCUGGAGGGGAUCAGGAUCUGCAGGAAGGGCUUCCCCAGUAGAAUCAUCUAUGCUGACUUCAAGCAGAGAGAUUCUGUCUUCACCAUCCAGUACAACAUCCGUUCAUUCAUGAAUGUGAAAACCUGGCCAUGGAUGAAGUUGUACUUCAAGAUCAAGCCCCUGCUGCAGAGCGCUGAGACUGAGAAGGAGCUGGCCAACAUGAAGGAGAACUAUGAGAAGAUGACUUCGGACUUGGCCAAGGCUCUGGCCAAGAAGAAGGAGUUGGAGGAGAAGAUGGUGGCCAUGGUGCAGGAGAAGAAUGACCUGGCGCUUCAAGUCGCAUCUGAUUCAGAGAAUCUGAACGAUGCUGAGGAAAGGUGUGAGGGGCUCAUCAAGAGCAAGAUCCAGCUGGAGGCCAAACUCAAAGAGACGACUGAGAGGCUGGAGGAUGAGGAGGAGAUGAAUGCUGAGUUGACUGCCAAGAAGAGGAAGCUGGAGGACGAAUGCUCUGAGCUGAAGAAGGACAUUGAUGACCUGGAGCUCACCUUGGCCAAAGUGGAGAAGGAGAAGCACGCCACUGAAAACAAGGUUAAAAACCUGACAGAGGAGAUGGCGUCUAUGGAUGAGAGUGUUGCCAAGCUGACCAAGGAGAAGAAAGCCCUCCAAGAGGCCCACCAGCAGACACUGGACGACCUGCAGGCAGAGGAGGACAAAGUCAACACUCUGACCAAGGCCAAGACCAAGCUGGAACAGCAAGUGGGCGACCUUGAGGGUUCUCUGGAGCAAGAGAAGAAGCUCCGUAUGGACCUUGAGAGAGCCAAGAGAAAGCUGGAGGGAGAUCUGAAACUGGCCCAGGAGUCCAUAAUGGACCUGGAGAAUGACAAGCAGCAGUCUGAUGAGAAAAUCAAGAAGAAGGAGUUUGAGACCACCCAGCUCCUCAGCAAGAUAGAGGAUGAGCAGUCUCUGGGAGCUCAGCUGCAGAAGAAGAUCAAGGAACUGCAGGUACAGUACAGGAUCUAAGCUCCAGUACAGGAAAAUAACUGACACAUUUCUUCUAGUAGCACAUAUUCUUCCUGGUGGAUUCUGAUGGCUCAGUAAGAUGGAACAUGGUGCUUCUUGCUGGUGCUUCUAAUCUGUGUAAAGAUGUUGCUUCUUACCGUUGUUAGUUUGGUUCCUGCAUGGAAACUGUCUAAUGAAUAUAUAGUAAAUAUGUUAGUGUAGCUGAGAGUCCGACAGUGUGGCUGAGCUCGGGGAGCAGAUCGACAACCUGCAGUGCGUCAAGCAGAAGCUGGAGAAGGAGAAGAGUGAGUACAAGAUGGAGAUUGAUGACCUCUCCAGCAACAUGGAGGCUGUCACCAAGGCUAAUGGCAAUCUGGAGAAGAUGUGCCGUACUCUUGAGGACCAGCUGAGCGAGCUCAAGACUAAGAAUGAUGAGAAUGCUCGCCAGGUCAAUGACAUCAGCGGACAGAGGGCCAGACUCCUUACAGAAAAUGGUGAGUUUGGCCGCCAGCUGGAGGAGAAGGAAGCCCUGGUGUCUCAGCUGACCAGAG